UGGAGUAGGUACGAGGACCAGAGUUAUCGUGGUGUCUUGUGCUGGCUCGCUCGCGGAUUUGAUCCUACUACCUGGUGUGCAGUUAGGGUUUCGACGUAUGAUGGGUAGAUCACUUACUUUGUCAACACACUCAUCAUCUUUGGCACGGAAUGGUCUCUGAGUCUCCUUAGUUGCUGAAGUACUAGUCUGUCCGCCAAAGGUGACAUUGGUCGUGACCGUCUGGACAACGUUAUCAGGAUUCUCAACAAAUGCACCCCCGGGCGCAGUACUGGUAGCAUCAGCAACCUGCUUGGCAGAUGAGAUAUUAGGACCUUUGGCCUUCCCUUCCUCUGUUGGCUUGACGUCUUGUGCUGUGCUAAAUUGUGUUCCCGUCGGAGCCUGAACUUCACCAGUCGGUUGAGCAACAGCAUUCUUGGGACGACCACCUGAUUCCACGACGCCCCCCUUUCCAGAAGCAUCUGUACUCCCAGGCAGGGUCACGGCAGCACUAUUGCCAGACAGCCUUUCAACUUUAGGCUCGCUAGAUGGAUUAGUAGAUUCACCGUUUACCACCUGGGUGGGAUUUGCAGCAGGCUGCGCCAGCUCAGUCUUUGCUUGCCUGUGGGUAUCUAUCUGCGAUGCAUCUAGUUGAGCUGAAGCGCCCGGAGCCUGAGGCUCGACAACCGUGGCUGCGUCUGCCUGUGACGGCAACGGAGAUCGUAGAGAAGGGUCCGAAACCAUAGGAACUUCUGAUGGACCCGAGGCAACGCCUGGUCUAGGGACACCAGCUUUGCCAGAGGGAGCAGGCUGUUGUUCAGACUGUUCGCCACCAGUAGACUCAUCAGAAGACCCUGCAGGUAAUUGAUCGGCCUGACCAGACUGACCAGACUGGCCUCCUGACGAAGCGCCUGCCCCUAGAGUAGGCUGCUUGUCCGUUGCACCAGAUGGCAUCAUGCUGUUCACCUGCUCAUGGAGUUUGUUGAUCUGAUCCAGAAGUUCCUGAAGAGCUUCUUCGGUAACCUCAACCAUAUCGCCCUGGUCUUCAACCAAUCGCUUCACAAGGCCGAGAGUGUGGUGAAGUCCAUGACCAUGGUGUGAUUCCCCAGGAAGCUCUUUGAAAGGCACUACCUUGAUAGAUCGAGCCACUGGUUCAUUGAAGACUACACCUGGCAGUCUGAACGAAGCUUUGAGACGAGGCAGUAGGGCAGCAUGGGUGAAUGGGGUGGUAAGGAAGAGACAUGGUAGGAGGCAAAGAAGAAUGUAUAAUCGAAUCAUUGUGUCGACUUGGUGAUGGAAAAGAAUUGAAUAAACAAUGUGUGAUGCUCUCCAGUCCAUUGUGGCCGACAGGUUGCCAUGAUAUAUCUUUUGUCACGGGCUUCAGGUUGUAGGGGAGCAACACAUUCCAACUAUCGUGAUAGCAACGCUUGUCAUGGUGUCUCAGUCUCGGGUGGGCAUAAAAUGGAUCAACACUUGUUGUUUCACCACGGGCCAAGGAAGGCUUUCAUUCCUGUGAUGAGCGGGCAAUUCAGGCAGUAUCACGCUUAAUUUUCUUUGUAGACACCUCGAAUGGAUCAUAUGGAUAGUUAUAUAGCGUGGUGAUACGCUGAAGCAGGUAUUCUUGAUAUUGUUGCCGAGCACAGCCUGUCCGUCAUGUUGAUCGCUGCGGGGAAUCGAGGCAAUGCGCGGUGGAAUCUCUUUGGUGCAUCAUGGAUGACGGAAGUCAAAAUUGGACACAAGAUUUGUCUGGCGGAGUCGUGACAACGCUCGGGUCUUGGUCAGGUAAUUUCUCGGUCGGGAUUCUUUGACUGGCUACCUGGGUACUAAUGGAUCUCGGUUGCACCGGAAUUUGCUACAAUCACAAGUGACAAGUGUAAGAACGCGAUGUGGCAUUUGGGGGAGAAAGUUUGAAUACAGAAACCGAAAGCUUCAAAGGUAAAUAUUGAUUGAACUUUGAUGUUAUUCGCGUCUGCGAGGAUUGUGAGGUAUUCGAUGAUUAAAUGCACAAGAUACAAUUUCCAGGGACUUGACCGCUAGGAAUCAGACCUGAAUUCACAGGCUAGAGAACUCCGAGUGAUAGCUAAAAAGCAAUGCCAAGUUAUUCUGCAGGUGUAUUGAAUCGCAGAGUUCCGCCACUCUGAUUAUUUGCAGGGGCUUGCUGAGUGACAUUGAGAGAACCCCAUUUCUUGCUGGUUUUCCACCGUCAUCACAGGCUAAGGGAGGGCUAUCACGAAAAUGUGACUGAAUGAGGGGGAUAAAAAGGGUCAGAUGGAAGUUACAGUGUUCUCCGAGCUAGCUGGGGUGGUUUUUGUCGGUAUCAUCAAUGUUCCAAUAUAUGUGAAUAUUGAUCAGGGUCAUGGUGACCAUUACAGAGCAUCGCAACAUGAAGCCGUGAAAAGUCUUGUGUAUAUUUAGCGACCAAAUGGCUAUUUCGAAGGUGAGGCAAUGAAAACCGUGCCUCUUUGGCGGUUAAAAUAUGUGGUCAUCAUCGCUGAUUGAUUGCAGGGACAAUUCGGGGGCUGAAGGCGAUGAAGUGAGCGUGGGAGCUUGAUUGAAACGAGCUUUUGGUCGCUGAGUUUGCUCAGUCGCCUAGGAGGAGUGGAAUAACAAUAGAAUUCGAGGCGCUGCUUUGAGAGAGAUUAAAGACAUACCGGGGCUUUGAUUGGCUGGAAAGAAGCGGUACCCCUGCCAUGCGGCAGAAGUGGCACUAAACCUAAUCAGGUAACAGAGGAGACGGGCUGGACCUGGGCCUGAAAUCCCCAAGUUUGUUCGUCUGCCACUGCCACUUGCUCUCGCUCCUGCUGCUCUGAGUGUGAAGAAACGCGGGAAAUCAAACCAACCCAACCCAACCGAUUUUCCCUCUCCUUGUGCGCCGCCUUCGGCCCCAGCACCAGAAUCAAAAAUGACAACAAUACCAAGACCCCAACCUUACAAGACAAGGCUUUUGCCCUCUGUUCCGUUACUUUCAUUUCCAUUUUUCACCACCGCAAACCCAUCAUCACCACCCUGAAAUCUUGACUCGGCACCAGGCUGAAUGAAAAACUGACCUGACUUACGUCUGUGAUCGCAACUCAGCUCCUCCUAAUAAAUCUCCCACUACUACUAAGACUCGCUCCACGCAAGCCCCAAAAGCCCACCACCCCUGACCACGUCUUGUCCACCACGGGAUCACCACCGGGUCUUUGGUUAUUUGCCGCCUCUCCCGUCACCAGUCUAUUUCUCAAAACCUGCUCCUUUCCCUAACCUUCUUCCACUACCCUUCGCCGCUUGCAAACAUCAUCAAUCAACACCACACAUCACCUUUUCAUCAGACAACCCUUCCUAGACUAUAGCAUCACCAUCAGCUCUUUGUAACCUUGACCUCUCUCAACACCAUGGCUCCUCCAGUCAAGUCCGCCGACGCGCGACGCAAGUCCAGCACCAAGGCCAGCUUGAUUGUUACUCGCAAGGUGUCGCCCGACAAGCUGCGUGCUCUACUCGCGCCCGACUCUAUCAAGGAAGAAUCUCCCUCCAAGGACAUGAAAGCCAACGCCGACUCACCUACCGAUGCCGUGUCCGCUUCUGGUUCGCAACCACCAGCCAGCAACACGAAUGGCGACAAUGCUUCGGACUCUAACGCUGCUACUCCUGCCCCUGACGCAACUCCUGCCGACGGGACACCGGCCCCUUCGGCUAUGGGACCGCCUACCGAUGGACCGAAGAAGAAGGGCGUCAAACGAUCUGCCGCGGGCGCCAACGGUACAAUAGAUGGUGUCCCCAAGCCUCGAGGAAAGCCUGGCCCCAAGAAGAAGCCUCGUCUGGAGGACGGAACGAUCGAUCACUCAGGUUCCAAGCCUGCCGGAGGUCACAAACUUGGGCCCAAGGCGAAUCAAGGGGCCAUCAACGCCGGACUUCGCGCUCUCGAUCGCUCAGGCAAACCCUGUCGCCGAUGGGCCAAGGGAGGAUUCCAACUCAAGAGCUUCACUGGUGUGGCAUGGGAGAUCCCUCGCUGGGUGGCACCUCAAAAGAAUGCUCCCGAAUCCAGCGCCGAGGAUUCUACUACUGCAUCGGCCGAGGGCAGCAGCAAGGAGAACAAAGAGAACGGCCACGAGAGCAACAGUGCUAGCAAUAGCAAUACUGCUAACGACGUGGAGAUGCAAAGUGCGCCCAGUAACCACGCCUCCUCGCCGGCACCUCUUGCUAUUGCCGCUGCUUCAUAAAAAUUGCCCCUACGACGCGACCUCUUUUUUUCUUUUCAUUUUGCUCUGAUACCAGAGAAUGUUUUAUUAUAGCGCGAGAUAUUGCGGGCGUUCUAGGUUGGCAGACAACUGAUUCUUGGCCUGACAGUGAGACUGAGAUGCUCUCAGACCGAGCAUGACCGUUCAUUCAUUCGGAAUCUUUUAUGUUUUUCAUCAAAAAGCGACGCUGGUGUCGCUGGCGUUACGGAACAGCGAGGAUGGAAUGCUGUGGAAAAGGAUUGGCAUUAAACCGUACCAGGACUGGCGGAGCAUAUAUUUGAUGUACAAUUAUUGUUACGAUGGUGCAAUGUUAGAUAUACUCGGAUAAUUCUCUGAAAUGAGCAAUUAAAUAUUCGUUCUCUGAAGAUACAUCGUACUUAUGCUGCUAUACUGCGAUCCAUGCGCCCGUAGCUUUGAAGACAGGCGCUAAUCUGCUGGUUGCUGCACACAUUGUUUUCUUGUCGCAGCCUACCUAAGGUAGUGUCGAUAAUUCCAGUCAUUAAUGGCCCACCACUUGAGAUUACGCGCCACGUAGGUCUGAAAGAAACUGACGCAGAUGCCAUCUCGCGAUAACUCUAAGUAGACGUGGCAGAAAGCUCUUCAUGUCAAAAACGGUUCCCCAAGCGUCCUCAUCAGGUAAUAUGAAUAAUCGCAAUGUCAAAGCCAAAGUCACAAGUCUUCAGUUUAUUGCCUGUUUCGACGAGGAAUGAUCUCCAACAUGAGGGAAUUGUCAAAUUCAGCGAUCGGGGAAGAGUUUUCGGGGGUUGAGAUGGCCCAAUGGCCAGACUGUGGAUACAUUUUCGUUCGUCUUUCUCAUCGGGGUCAUGUCUUGAUGUCGUGGUGUGGUCGUAGGGAGCGCGCAAAGCUUAGUCAUCGACACCAGAGCCGUCCCGUGACUUUCAUGCCCGUUUGACUAACGGUAGGUACGAAUUGUAACUGUAUUGCCCCAAAUUUUAAUUGAUAUUUGAUUUAUCGUGCUUUGAAUGUUUUGCGGUUAAUGGGGAUCUUGCUUUUAAGAUAAAAUUGGUGGCUGAUGAAUGAUGCCUGGAGGGGCUUGAGCGAACAGGUUUGAAACCGAAA